AUGGAGACUGUUCAACACGAGAAGGCUUUCAUUUACAGAUCAAUUGUUGGCAGUAACACUACGAGUCUUUUUUCCACUGAGAAACAACGUUCCAACAGAAGUCUCUCCAUCAAAGCAGACAGCAUUUCUGUGAGAAAGAAAUCUACAAUCAGAGCUCCAAAUAGAACCAAAGCAACCUUCAAAACUCACCCACAUUUCUCCGAACAACUCAUGGAUUCAUUCAUCGUUGGGGCCAAGGAGGAAGCUGUACGAAGAAAGAAUUUUAAACAGCAGCUCAAAAGGGUGCAAAAGAAGAAGAAGAGGGGAAAGACGAGCAAGAAACCAAAAAAGGCGAAACUGAAGGUUCCAACCCCCAUAUUCGUUCCCUCUCUGCCCAAGAGCGGGACGACAACGGUUCAUCAAUACUUUCUUUGUGGAGGACAAAAGUCGGCGCAUUUGGCUGGGACAAAAGGCGACGGCAUGUUUAAGAUUGGUCGUUGUGCGCAUAGCAAUUUUCGGCAACGUAAACCACCCUUUGCUGAUUGCGGGGACUAUGAUGUUUAUUCUGAUACCGGCUACGUGGCAGCUAGGUAUUUCCCAGAUGGACGGGAACUGAGGACGAACAAUAUUCAAUGCUUCUAUCCGCUGAUUGAUGCUCUGGAGGACGUCUAUACCUCCUACCCCAACGCAACGUUUCUUUUCGUGGUACGCGAGACGGAAGCAUGGUUAAAUAGCGUAAAGAGCUAUCACGAUGGCUUUAUCAUGGAAGUUUGGAAACGAUGUCGUUCCCGUGGCUUUCCCGAUCUUCAAGGUGGAUUGGAGGAGUUUCGGGAGUUUUUCGAGUGGCACAAGGACAUGAUACGGAGCUUUGCCCUGGAUCAUCCUUCGUGGACGUACAUUGAAGUAGAUUUGGAGGAUCCAGAUGCAGGUAAAUACCUGGAAAAACACGUGGGCAUAGAUGCAGGGUGCUGGGGCCAUUACAACAAGGGUGGAGAAGGCAAGACGUCUGCUGAAGAUGCAGUGGACGUAGCUGAGAGCGAAGAGGAAGAAGAGCGAUAG